AGCAAACCCACGGUCAGUUCUUCACCUCACUCCGGUCCCAAACGGACCAAGAAAAAGCGUCACCAUAAUCAAAAUGCAGAAGAGUCCCUUCCCGGUGUUCAGAAAAUCAAAUCUUCACUCCGCCAGACACGGCGGCUUUUGGCAAAGGAAAAUCUUGCAGCCGAUGUUCGCGUGGAGACUGAGCGAAGGCUGAAAGCGCUUGAGGCAGACCUUACUCGUGCUGAAACGGCAAGGAAAGAGCGAACGUAUGCUAUGAAGUAUCACAAAGUCAAAUUCUUUGAGCGCCAGAAAGUGGUCCGUAGGAUCAAGCAAAUCAAACGCGAUCUUACUUCGGCACAAGGAAAGGAGAGAGAAAAGUUAGAAGGCGGACUCGAAGGUCUAAGGGUGGACCUCAACUAUAUUCUGCACUACCCGAAGACCAAAAAGUACAUAUCACUUUUUCCUCCAGAAAAACGCCACAUUGAUACCGUCUCGACAACUUCUGACGACAAUGACCAACGCAUUACGGUCCGUGACCUCAUUCGAGACCAGAUGCGGCGUGGCGAAAUUAGCAAACAACCCGAAAAUGAGCUCGAAAGUGGCAACCGA